GCGCACCCCACUUCCGGUUCGCCGCUCAGAAUUUCACCCGAGCAACAGACGUCUUUCUCCACUGCGCACGAGACGAUUCGUUUUUACCGAAAAUGGACGCGGGAUUCUUCCGCGGUACAAGUGCGGAGCAGGACAACCGCUUCAGCAACAAGCAGAAGAAGUUGCUGAAACAGCUGAAAUUUGCAGAAUGUUUGGACAAGAAGGUGGACAUGACCAAAGUGAACCUAGAAGUCAUCAAACCUUGGAUUACGCAGCGAGUGACAGAGAUUCUGGGGUUUGAAGAUGAUGUGGUCAUAGAGUUCAUAUUCAACCAGCUAGAGGAGAAGCACCCAGAUAGCAAGAUGAUGCAGAUCAACCUGACGGGGUUCCUGAACGGGAAGAACGCGCGGGAGUUCAUGCGGGACCUGUGGCCGCUGCUGCUGAGCGCCCAGGAGAACAUCGCCGGCAUCCCCUCCGCUUUCCUGGAGCAGAAGAAGGAGGAAAUCAGACAGAGACAGAUUGAACAAGAGAAGCUCGCUUCAUUACGGAAGGUGGAUGAAGACAAGAAGGAAACCAGAGAAAGGGCUCAGUCAAAGAGCCCAAGAAGGCGGAAGACGAGGUCGCCCGGGAGCGGAAACGCAGCCCCUCGCCGUCCCCGAGACGCAAACCCAGCCCCGCGGGCGGGGGCUCCCCGCCCCCCCCCCCUCAUGCAGCUACCCACAAAACCCCCAGAGCAGAUCCCAGAGCCCGAACCCAACCCGGAGACCCUGGUCCAGGAACCCGCCGCCAUCGGGGAGACGGCUGAGGAGGCGGUGAAAGAAGAGUCUGUGGUCGAGGUCAAGGAAGCCUCUCCAGAGAAAGUUCACAAAAAAGAGGAACGGCCGAGGUCUCGCGAACGGGAAAAGGACGCGAGGAAGGACCGAGCGCACCACCGCUCCCGCUCGCAUUCCCGCUCCCGCAGACGGCGUUCCCGUUCCAGGUCCUACUCCCCUCGCAGAAGGCAGAGUCCCAGGAGAAGAAUGUCCCCCCGCAGGAGGAGUCCCCCCCGACGAGGCCCCGUCGCCUCCAGACACAGAACCAGGCGCUCCCCCGUCCGCAGGAGGCGUUCUCGCUCCGCCUCGUCCUCCGGCAGCAGCUCCUCUGGCUCACGCUCGCCUAAAAAAGCUGUGAAACGGAUAUCAACCUCUCCACCCCGAAAACCAGCCCAGCGCCCGGACGCUGCCAUCAGCCCUGCAGCAAAGAUCAAACGCUCGCCGUCUCCACGCAGCCGAAGGGGGCGGGGCUCCGUUUCCCCACCCAGAUCAUCAGGUUUAAAACGGAAACCAGGUGGAAGAAGUGACUCUCCGUCUGAUAACGCCAAGGCCAGAACCUCUGAGGGAUCAGAGUCAGAGGAGGAUAAAAAUGAGAAAGGAGCAACGGCUGACUCGGUGCAGCAGAGACGUCAGUAUCGCAGGCAGAACCAACAAUCGUCCUCAGACUCCGGAUCCUCCUCCUCAGAAGACGAGGGGCCAAAGGGUUCUGCGGCAGGCCCCGCCGCCCGGAACGGGGACGUCCGGAGGAGGAGGAGCCGCACGCCGUCGCCCCGGAGGAGACACCGGGAAAACUCCCCCAGGAGACGACGUUCUCCGUCUCCGGGCCACCGGCGCCGUUCCCCCUCCCCCCCACGCCGCCGCAGGUCCCCCUCCCCCCCCAGACGCAGGGAGACGGCUGAGGAGGCGGUGAAAGAAGAGUCUGUGGUCGAGGUCAAGGAAGCCUCUCCAGAGAAAGUUCACAAAAAAGAGGAACGGCCGAGGUCUCGUGAACGGGAGAAAGACGCGAGAAAGGACCGAGCGCACCACCGCUCCCGCUCGCAUUCCCGCUCCCGCAGGCGGCGUUCCCGUUCCAGGUCCUACUCCCCUCGCCGAAGGCAGAGUCCCAGGAGAAGAAUGUCCCCCCGCAGGAGGAGUCCCCCCCGACGAGGCCCCGUCGCCUCCAGACACAGAACCAGGCGCUCCCCCGUCCGCAGGAGGCGUUCUCGCUCCGCCUCGUCCUCCGGCAGCAGCUCCUCUGGCUCACGCUCGCCUAAAAAAGCUGUGAAACGGAUAUCAACCUCUCCACCCCGAAAACCAGCCCAGCGCCCGGACGCUGCCAUCAGCCCUGCAGCAAAGAUCAAACGCUCGCCGUCUCCACGCAGCCGAAGGGGGCGGGGCUCCGUUUCCCCACCCAGAUCAUCAGCGGUUCUGACGGGCUCUCUGAUGGGGACCCACACCUCUGCUGGUCUUUGGCUUGGGGCUCUAAUAUCCGCUGCGGUUCUGCGGGUCUUUGUGAGGAAAGCCGAGCCCCCGGCGCCGCGGGGGAUCCGGGCCAGCGGUUCUGACCCAGUUCUGACCCGGGAGCGGCUGUGUGGACAGCUGAUUCUGACCAGAUCGGCCAACACACCAGGGUCAUCCCCCAACACCCAUCGCUCCACUGACCCAAAGCCUGAGACCCAGAAACACCAGCCCUGGUCCAGAACGCUGCUGUGUCUGCAGGAGAGCGGCCAAAGCCACGCCCGGAGGGGGGGCAGCCAGCAGAGCUCCGGUAAUUACAGCAGCUGCUGCCGCCUGAACACAGCCAGAGGCUUCACACACCUGCUCCGGGAGGGGCUCCGGACGGAGCAGGGCAUGCUGGGAAAUACGCUCUCCGAGCCCGAAGCCCAUCAGGAGGGCGUCCUCCAGGUCCAGGUCUGCUUCCCCCCGCCCGGCGGGCCUAAAGCGCCCGGCCUCCGCCUCCCCCCGCCCGCCAAGAAGGCCAGCAGCGGCUCCGCCAGCCAGUCCCCGAACAAGAACUCUGACGUGGACGGCGGCGGAAAGAAAAAGAAGAAGAAGAAGGAAAAGAAACACAAGAAGGACAAGAAGCACAAAAAGCACAAGAAGCAUAAGAAGGAGAAGAGCGGGGGGGCGGUGACCGCCGACAGCCAGGAGAACCAGCUCCCCGAGGAGGACGGAGACUCCCGAAAGGAGUCGGAGAGUGAGGCCGACGAGGGCCUGGACGACCUGGAAAAGCACCUCCGGGAGAAGGCCCUGCGCUCCAUGAGGAAAGCCCAGCUCUCCCCAUCACAGAUGUCAUGAAAACCACACUUUCCCUUCAUUUUGAUGUUUGUCAUCGACCUGGUUCGGCUUUAGAAUGUACAAAAUUGUUGGGUCUUGUUUCUUUUUACUGGUUUGGUACAUUCUGGAGAUUGUGUUUCUUUACGAGCUUGAUUUGUCUAAUAGUUUAUCUGAACUGUAAAAGAGAAAAAAGAGGAAAAAAAGAAACUAAACUUGUGUUGUCCACACUUUUAAAUUGUCGAGCAGGAAACCGGUGUAAUUUCAGAGCUGAGUCAGGCAGGUUGAUGUUUCCCUCCUUUGAGAUAUGGUUGCAUGUACGGUGAGAGUGAAACUGUAAAGAGGCUCAACUGAGCUUUUGUCCCAUGUUUGUAACCUGUUGAGAGCGCUGGGCACCAUUUAACCUGCUUUUUUCUGACUUUGGAAUUGUCUCGUUUCAAGAUUAAAGCAGUUUGAUGUGUUACAUGCUUUAAUUAUUUUUUUUCUAAACUGAUUGAUAUGCAAUUUAUGUUGAUUCCCUUGUACCAAGCUAACAUAUGUGGGACUGCUUUAGUUUAUCAUUUGUAUUUAGUGACCUUGGCUCUUUUCAUCCUUUCAGAAUUAAAAUUUUUUUAGGAGAGUUUUCAUCCUUGCUUAUUUAAAAGUCCUCAGAUUGUUUCAUUUGUGUUUGGUAGAUGUCUGAGACCUAAUGAUUAUACAUUUAGGUCAUUCUAAUAAAAACGCAAACCUAAUGGGUGGGGUUACGGUUUAUUAAAUUCAAUUUUUGUGAAACUCAUAAAAACUUUUGCAAUUUUCUGACACGUCAACCUAGGAUUUUUCAUGUAAAUUGUUAGUUUAUGAAGAUUUAAAAAAUAACUUGAAUGUAAAUCCACA